AUGAGUGAUUCGGAAGACCGGAAGAGUUGUGAAAUGUGCCAGAAUUAUGAACUGAAUCUAACGAUUAUGCAGGUGAGAAAAUACGAAUUUUUGGAGUCAUACAAUUUUGCAGGAUAAUGAACGGAAGAUGAAAGAGGAAUUAACGGCGGCUAAUUCGUUAGCGGAACGAUAUGAAAAUGAUUUGACUACCGAAAGAGAAUAUAGAAAAGAAAUGGAAAAACGUGUAACUGAGGUAUUUAGUUUUAUAUUAUUUAUUUUCAAAAAAAAACAAUUUUGAUUGCAGGUCGCCGCUCAAACAUCAGAUAAUGUAAAAGAUUGUGAAAAAGUCAAUAAACAAUUAGAAUUAAAACUUAAUGAGCUUCGGGAAAAACACGAAAAAUCGAUAGAAGCAUUCACCGAGCAGCUAAACAAUGCUCACAAAUUAAUACAACAAGGAGAAAGCGAAUUCGCCGAAUUUGUUGGAAAAUAUCAAAAACUAUUAGGAGAAAAUCGCAAAACCGCGCAAGAUUUGCGAUCGGAAAUGAUCGAUUUGCCAGCCGAAGUUGAUCAAUUACAAUUUCUAUGUUUACGAAAUCGCGAAGAAUUAAUUGAGGCGCGCGCUGCAAAAGAACACAUCGAACAAAAUCUAAAAGAUGAGGUAGCAAUGGUCAGAGAACAAUUAAAAGAAGAGAGAUCAGCACGACAAUCAAUGGAACGAGAUCUAUUAGGACAAAUUAAUCAACUUCAGAAAAAUCUAGGCAUUGCUAAUAGUAAAGUGAGUAUUUUCAAAUGGGGUGUUUUUUUCUAAAAAAAAUUUGUACUUUGUAGCUCCAUUCAACUUCAAAUGCAAUUGCUCAACAAGAGAAUUCAAAUCGUCAAAUUCGAGAUUUUCAAACAACAAUUGCAGAAUUAGAAGCGCAAGUUCAACAAGUUCAAAAUGAAAGAGCCGCCGUUGAAAUAACAGCAACAAACUAUAAACAAAGAUGUUCGAGUCUACAACAAGAAUUGGACACGUCAGAAGCAGUUCAGAGGGAUUUUGUCAAAUUAUCGCAAAGUUUACAAAUUCAGCUUGAAAAAAUUCGACAAUCUGAGCAAGAAGUUCGAUGGCAAUUUGAUGAAGAUGUUGAAAAAUGUUCGAAUUGUGAAGUUUCUGUGAUCAAGUUAAAACCAAAGCCACAGUAUGUUUUUUUUACUUUUUUUUUACAAAAUAUUCUUCAAAGCAUGUAUUUCAGCUGUCUUCACUGUGGAAAAAUCUUCUGCGCUCCCUGUGUCAAAAAUACCGUACCAAGUGGACCUCAUUUAAAACCCGCCAAUGUUUGUCAAGUUUGUCACACACUUCUCAACCGGUAAUUUUUUCUGAAACUUUUAAUUAUUUUUCCUCAAAAAUCCGUUUUUCCAGAGAUUCCAAACCAUUUUUCGCCACCCAGGAUUCAUGA